AUGGGGUAUCCGCCACCUACGCGAAGGCUCGCAGAUAAGAAAAGGUACCAUUAUUCCAAUAAUCCUAACCGAAGGCAUCCUUCUGGUGUUUAUUCAAAAAAUAGUUUUCCAAAAUCAAGCAAUAAUGGAUUUGUAUCUUCUCCUACUGCGGAUACUUCAACAAAUGCGUCGAUCAUUUCCGGUACUGCUCCUGCACCUCUUCCUACAGCGAUAUCUGGAACCACAUUUGGCAUCGAGGCACCUAGGCCAUCUCGAUAUGAUCCGGGCUCAGUUAGUAGGCCUUUGUCAUCAUCCUAUUCUUCAACAAGGAAAAUUGGAAGCCGUUAUAACCCAGAUGUUGAAAGACCCUCUUCGGCCACUAGUUCAACUCCGGAAAGCAUGAAUACAAACACCAUAACACACAACAAUACGGAUAUUGGAAAAUCACGCUACUCUCGAAAAACUAUGAGCAGAUAUAACCCUCAAUCUACCAGUUCUUCAAAUGUUACGCACUUUCCGUCGGCAAUAUCAAAUGUUGCACCCUUUUAUGUUGCCAAUGGGAAUUCUCGGAGACCUCGAUCAAUGGAUGAUUAUAGUCCUGAUGUAACGAAAAACGUCGAAUCAAGUAAUGCUUCAUCGGUUAAUGGUAACAGCCCUCAUUCUUACUACUCUAGGAGCAACAAAUGGAGAUCUAUUGGAACGCCUUCUAGACCACCGUUUGAUAAUCAUAUCGGUAAUAUGACUACCACCAGCAAUAUUAACCCGAUUCAUCAAAGAGAACCUUUUUGGAAAGCAAAUAGUACUAAUUUUUUAAAAUCACCUCAUUCGCAGUCAUCACCUUCCCUUUAUGCUAAUAAAUUUCACGACGCGAAUAAAUGGAACAAACCAGAGUCUCCAGUUAAAGUUGAAACACUCAGCAAAGAUCAAACAAAAGUCACGCCGUACCAUGAUGACAAAUAUCUACCAAAAAGAUCAGAUUCUAAACCAAAUGUACCUUUAGAAUCCGAUAGUAUCAAGGUUGACGAAGAAAAUGUUUUGGAAAAAAAAGAUGUACAUAAAAGUGGGCGUGAGAUAGUGAAGGAACAUCCUAUUCCAGUAAAAAGAAAGGAACAUGAUGAACUAGAAGUUCGCGCUAGGAAAGUAAAUAAAAUUAAAAGGGACGGAAAACAGAACCAAAUUUGGACAACAGCCAUAUCAGUUGCCGAUACAGUCGAAGUUGCCAAAGAAGAACAAAAGGAACAGGCAAACCUUAUUGAGAGAGAAGAAAGUCCGGAAAUUAGAGAUUAUGAAAGAAUAUACGAUCCGAAAGCCCUGAAAACGGAUGUAACAAGAUUGACGGUAGACUAUGGUAAUAAAAGUUACGAAGAACCUCUCGAAAAAGCCGAAGGGUGUAUCUUCCCAUUACCAAAAGCAGAAACGAGAUUAUGGGAACUCAAAAACCAGAAGAGGAAUGAAAUAAUAAGUAAACAGAAAUAUCUACUGAAAAAGGCAAUUAAAAAUUUCUCAGAGUAUCCUUUUUACGUGCAAAACAAACUUAUACAUCAGCAAGCUACUGGACUCAUUCUAACCAAAAUUAUAUCAAAGAUAAAAAAGGAAGAAUAUUUGAAAAAAAUAAAAUUGAAACAUGAUUAUUUCGAUCUUCAAAAGAGGUAUGAAAAAGAAUGCGAAAUUUUAACUAAACUGAGUGAAAACUUAAGGAAGGAAGAAAUUGAAAAUAAACGUAAGGAGCACGAAUUAAUGGAGCAGAAAAGACGCGAGGAAGGUAUCGAAACAGAAAAGGAAAAAAGCCUACGCCAUCCAUCCUCGUCUUCCUCAUCCCGUCGCAGAAACAGGGCUGAUUUCGUUGAUGAUGCGGAAAUGGAAAAUGUACUGCUACAAAUCGAUCCGAAUUAUAAGCAUUAUCAAGCUGCUGCAACAAUCCCACCGCUAAUCUUAGACCCAGUCCACAAAUAUUCUUACAAGUUCUGCGAUGUAAAUAACUUAGUUACAGACAAAAAGCUUUGGGCGUCUAGAAUAUUAAAGGAUGCUUUUGACAGCUUUACUGACCAUGAACAUUCUUUAUUUUUGGAAGGUUAUUUGAUUCAUCCCAAAAAAUUUGGUAAAAUUUCUCAUUACAUGGGCGGUUUACGAACUCCUGAAGAGUGUGUGCUACAUUAUUAUAGAACAAAAAAAACUGUGAAUUACAAACAACUUCUUAUCGAUAAAAACAAGAAGAGAAAAAUGUCAGCCGCUGCCAAGCGCCGUAAAAGGAAGGAAAGAAGUAACGACGAGGAAACUGAAGUCAAUGAAGGUAAAGAAGAGUCAAUGAGCACAGUAGAUAAGGAAGAAAAUAGUGAGAACAAUGCCGAGGAAACGGUUCAGCCCGUUCUAGUUCAAGUCUCUGAACUGAAAGAUAAUCCACUAGAUACGUCGGAAAAAGUCGAAAAUCUGGUUCAAAAGGAGGGCGAAGAGGUUACAGGUGGACUGGAAUGUGCUGAGAGAGUAAAUGACUUGAAAAGAGUGCACGAUGAUAUUGAAGAAAAGGACAGUAAAUCCAAUGUAAUGAAAGGCAACGAUAAUAUCUUAAUAACGGCUCCAAAAGGAAGUCCGCAAGAUGGUUAUUAUCCAGAGGACACCAGGGAACUUGAUUUCAGCUUAGAGAAUGCGCUACAGAGAAAGAAACACAAAUCCGUGCCAGAACAUAAGACAAGUUAUUGGAGUGUUCGUGAAUCACAACUCUUCCCAGAAUUAUUGAAGGAGUUUGGUUCUCAAUGGUCUCUAAUAUCAGAAAAACUGGGCACCAAGUCGACUACAAUGGUAAGGAAUUACUAUCAAAGAAAUGCGGCUCGCAACGGGUGGAAGGUACUAGUUGAUGAAACUGACUCAAAGCGAGAUGGAACCAGUUCGGAAUCGGUACAACAGUCUCAAAUUUUGAUACAACCAGAACGCCCAAACAUCAAUGCCUAUAGUAGCAUUCCUCCCCAACAAAGACCGGCUUUAGGCUAUUUUGUUGGACAGCCGACUCAUGGACCUAAUACAUCUAUAUCAUCUAUCGAUGGCUCUAUAAGGCCAUUUGGGCCUGAUUUUCAUCGUGACAGUUUUUCUAAAGUUAGCGCUCCUUUAACCACUUUACCACCGCCAAGGCUACCAUCCAUUCAAUUCCCUCGCUCAGAGAUAUCUGAACCAACAAUGACAGAUUUGCGUAACAGACCCCUAGACCAUAUUGAUACAUUGGCCGACGCAGCUUCGUCAGUAACGAAUAAUCAAAAUUUUAGUAACGAAAGGCAUGCUAUUGAAAUUAACCGUAAAAUGGCGACAAUUAGUAACCUAUUGAAUAACUCUGAUCGAGACAUGAAGACUUCUCUCCAAAGCGUUUCUAGGCACGAAGGGCAGGUUGAAGAAAGUCCUAACUUGAACAAUAUUGUUGUACAAGAGAUAAAACCGAACAUUACUACGCCGAGAUCGAGUUCUAUUUCUGCACUACUAAACCCUGUGAAUGGGAAUGGGCAAUCAAACCCAGAUGGCAGGCCAUUGCCACCAUUUAACCAUACUAUUUCUCAAGGCGCUCCUACUUUCCCUUUACCGGCUCCGCACACUACUCCAGUAAGUCGUGCGCCUCCAAAGUUCAACUUUUCCAAUGAUCCACUGGCAGCUUUGGCCGCAGUAGCAUCCGCGCCUGAUGCGAUGAAUGGUUUUUUGUCUAAAAAGGAAAAUAAUAAUUGA